AUGUGUAAUAUUCUUUUUACAGUGUAUUUUGAUGUUGGAGAUCCUGACAUAAAAUGUGAGUAUUGUUUGGCCUUUAUGUGGGCAAACGAAAGAGCGCGGAAGGAUGGAUCAUUGAAAAAUGCAAAGUUUUCAUUAUGCUGUAUGAAAGGCAAAGUUCAAAUUCCUACUCUUAAAAAUCCACCGAGAUUUUUGGAGGAUUUAUUGAGCAGGAAAGAUUCUAGGAGUAGAUAUUUUGUUGAAAAUAUACGUGCGUUUAACAUGAUGUUUGCAUUUACAUCAAUGAGAGGUCGAGUAGAUAAUACUGUUAACAAAGGUCGAGGGCCAUAUUGUUUUAGACUAGGAGGUCAAAAUUACCAUAGAAUUGGUAGUUUGUUGCCAACAGAAGGAAAUACAGCAAAGUUUCAACAAUUAUACAUCGUAGAUACUGAAAAUGAGAUUGAAAACAGAAAACGUGCUUUUAGGUAAUUUACAAUAAAUUAUUUUUUUAUUAUUAUAAUUUAUGUUU